AUGGAUGUGAAGAAAAUUGUGGUGGUCGUAGAAGAUGUGAGUGUUGCUAGAACUGCUCUUCAAUGGGCCCUUAGAAACAUCAUUCGCUAUGGUGACAUAAUCACUCUUCUCCACGUCUACCAUCCCACAGGAUCAAGAAGCAGAACCAAAGCUCGUCUUCUUCGUCUCAAUGGCUUCAAAUUAGCCCUUUCCUUUCAAGACAUCUGCAACAACUACUCCAACACAAAGGUUGAAAUUGUUGUCACGGAAGGGGACCAAGAAGGAACCAAGAUUGCUGCCACUGUGCGAGAGAUUGGAGCUUCAAUGCUUGUGGUUGGACUCCAUGAUCAUAGUUUUCUUUACAAAUUCGCAAUGGCCCAUUCCCAUAAAAGCAUAGCCAGCAACUUCAACUGCAGAAUAAUUGCCAUCAAGGAGCCUUAUGCGUCACCAGUGAGGCCCAUGAUAUCAGCAGUGGCUGUUCUAGAUAGUUCAACCAACGUGGACUUGUCGCUGAUUGAUCUUUCUAGAUUACAAGUCCCUUCUUCACCUCCACCAAAAAUACCAUACCGAAUCUGCCCAAACCCGUCUGCAAUUAUAUGGAGAUCAAGGAAGUGUAGGAGAAGGUGA